AUGGCGAUCACUACCGAGCGACCCGCCAAGCGCGCCAAACUCCUCUCCGACGAGAGCAGUUCCGAGGCGGAAAGUGAAAGCGAUGUCGCCGCUCCGGCCGCAGGCCCGACGAAUGGAUUCAAAGUCAACGAGGAGUAUGCGCGGCGCUUUGAGCAUAACAAGAAGCGAGAGGAGAUGCAUCGGUUGGAGGAAAAGUACCACUCCCAGCCGAAUAAGGAUGGCAAAGGGAGAGCGAGGGGAGGAAAGUUUGGUGAAGAAGAGGACGAUGAGGAGGAUAGCGAAGAGGAUGAAUCCGAAGACGAUGACGGAGAUUUGGCGACUCGCGAUGUGGACGAGGAGAUUUUCGCCACGCUCAAGGCUAUCAAAGAGAAGGAUCCGAGGGUUUACGAUAAGGGUGUUACGUUUUAUCGGGAGUUUGAGGGGGAUGUGGAGGGCGAGGCGGCGGGGAAGCAGAGCGGUAAGGAGAAGCCGGUGUACUUGCAGGACUAUCAUCGGCAGAAUUUAUUGGCGGGGUAUACCGGGGAGGAGCAUGAGGAGGCUGAUGACGUUCCGCCGACAUAUGAUCAAGAGCAGGAUGCUGUGAGGCAGCAGCUUCCUGCUGCUACUGCUGCUGCAGUUUCGGCCAACGGAGUACACCCUGCGCGAGCGACUCGUAUCAAAGACCGCUCCAAACUCAUCACCGAUCAGGACGUGGCGGCUGCCGACCAAGAUCCCGAAAGGUACCUGUCCAACUUUAUGGCUGCUCGCGCUUGGGUGCCCAGUGAGACAUCGCGCUGGCAGGCCUUCGACUCGGACGAUAGCGAUGAAGAAAAGCGAGCCGAUGAAUUCGAAGAGGCGUACAACCUGCGAUUCGAAGAUCCCAAUACCGCAAACGAGAAGCUGCAAUCCUUCGCUCGAGAUGUAGGCAAGUACGGAGUGCGGCGCGAUGAGAAGACUGCGCGGCAGAAGCAAAGAGACCGAGAGCGGGAGACGAAGGAUAUGGCUAAAAGGGAACGCGAGGAGGAGAGGGCGAGGUUGAGGAAAUUGAAGAUUGAAGAGGCGGAGGAGAAGGUGAAGAAAAUCAAAGAGGCGGCGGGGAUGGCAAAGGGGGAGGAAAUUGAUGUGAGCGAGUGGAAGGAUGUUCUUGAUGGGGAUUUCGACGAUGACAUGUGGGAGAAGGAGAUGAAGAGGAGGUUCGGGGAUGAUUAUUACGCGGGAGGCGAGGAGAAGGUAGAGAAGCCAACGUGGGAUGAUGAUAUUGCUAUUGACGAUCUCGUGCCGGAUUUCGAGAAGACCGAGACCCAAGUCGCGUUUACGCUAUCUUCGGAUGAAGAUGAAGUGGAGGAGGGAGGGGCCGAAGAGGCUGCCCAGGAGUCCGACGAGGACGAGGACGAACGUCCAUCAAAGCGAAGCAAAGGCAAGAAGAAAGACCACAAAAAGGAAAAGGCGGAAGCCAAGCGGACGGCACGCCGCGAAAGACGACAAAUCGAGUCCAUCGUCGAUUCGUCCCUUCCGCUCUCACACCCUAGUCUGGCUUCUUCCAGCACGACGGCCAAGGAACCAGUGAUUGGCUUCCGCUACCGCGAAACAUCCCCCAUUACGUUUGGGUUGAGCGCGCGUGAUAUCCUCUUUGCGGACGACACGCAACUGAACCAGUAUGCUGGCUUGAAGAAGAUGGCCGCCUUCCGGGAUGCGGAGAAGAAGAGGCGUGAUAAGAAGAAGUAUUCCAAGAAGGGACGACUAAGGGAGUGGAGGAGGGAGGUGUUUGGAAGCGUGGAUGGGCCAAAGGAUCCGGUUGGGAGUGCGGUUGUUGGUGGUGAGGGCGAGGAGCGAAAGCAGACGAGCGUGAAGGUGGGCACUGAUCAACCGGACAAUGUGGUUGAAGGGAAACGCGGGGGCAAGAAGAGGAAGAGGAAGAGCAAGGCUGGCACAAGUGGAGGGCAGGUUUUCGAGUUUCUGGGUAGCAUGUAG